CAUACAUGUCGUUAAUCUUGAAUUAUAGUGACAAAACAUUCUCGUAGUGCCGAUAACAAUAUCAGCACAAUGCCCACAAAAAGAGGGAAACAAAGCCAUACCAGCACAUACGGUCGAUCUCUAGAGCCUGACGAACGCAGCAAGGCGCUACAAGCUGCUACACAUCGCCGAGGCGGUACACAUAAGGUGCGCGAUUCAGACAGGACAAAUUCCGUCUAUGAUGCCUACAACUACAAAGAGCUGCUCGAUGCAGCAAAAGAGCGCGGUGUAUAUCGCAAGGACAUGAAAAAGGUGGAAAUGGCGUGGGCGCUGAAGCGAAACGAUGAAGACAAGAAACGCGCUGAACGCGAAAAUCUAAAUGCUCUCCGCAAGAAGCAAGAGGAAGCGAAGAGAAAACAGGAACGCAUCGUUGCAGAACAGGAGGCGCUGAUCGAAGCUAAACUCCGAAGAAAGGUCGAGAAGAUGCGGAAAAAAGAGCGACAUGAAAGUGUCAGCGACGACACCAUAAGUGACAACGAGAUAGAAGCCCAGGAAAACAUUCCAAAUGAGUACAUGGGCGAGGCUAUAGGAUACGCACUCAGCGACUCGUCCUGGGAUAGUACUUCAACGGAAUCAAUCCCCGACCCCACCGAUCACAUCCUCAUACCAUCCUGUAAACUCCAACUCUUGGAAUGGCCACACGAAAUCAUGCCACCUGUCAACCCGCCUUGUUAUCUCUCACAUGUCCCCGCUCUCCGACCGACAACAAAACCUUAUGCCCCACUCAAGAUCAUCACAACAACAAGCAAGCAGAAAAUCUGCCUCCCAGGGCUCAAAUACCCCCCAACCGUAGACCCAGACUUUGUUCCCCUUCUCCCUGACUCUGUGCGCGCCGCAGCCCACGAAGGGCGUUUAGAAGGCAUACUGUGCAACGCUAUUAUUGAGACUGGUGAAGACUGGGCUUCUCGGACACUUGUCAGAGGAAAUGAUGCUACUCUAUAUUUUCAUAUCGGCAAUGCUAGCACCCCGGCGGCCAAGAGCCUUGCUGAUGUGUACAGCAAGUGGAGCAUGGAAGACAGAGGAGUGAGACGCGUAGAGAUGACGUGUGAAGCGUAUCGUGAGGCGAGGGAGAAGAGGAAGAGAAGGAGAAAGAGGAUCAAAGGGAAGUUGUUGGCUGAGGUGUAUGAGACGUGCAAGUGGAGGCCGAGGGCUGUGGGAUACGUACCUGCGUAUCUAGACUUUGGGCUUAGAGAGAUGUAUGGGGAUGAGAAAGAACUCAGGAACUUGCGGUAUGUGAGGUUCAACAGUUGCGAUGUGCCGCAUUAUUAUUUUUGGGUACGGGAUACGAAAGGAGACGAUGAGAAACAAGUAAACGACGGGGAGGAACCUCGAUGCUAUAUUGCGAGAAAGACCGUGGGCAAAGAGCACAAUCACGGAGUCCAUUUUGCAAAGAAACAACCAUACAAGCCUUGCACCCAUGCAAACGACAACCCGUCUCGUGAAAUUGAGUCUACCGAAGGCUGCAAAACUGAAAGCUUUGCGGAUGACGCUGGCGCUGACAUGAAUGAAGAAGCAUUAUGUCGCAGGGCCAGCACUAUACUCAUUCUCGACCCGCAAGUGAAUCACCGCCAGUCAAUUAUGGAUUGGCUAGAGCAGAUUAGCCCGAGUUUCAACGAGCCGCCGCUUCCACUGAAUCCACCGGAGCCUUUUGAGAUCACCCCGAGGGAUGCUAAUGGGAUAGACAAUCAGAAGGCAACCCUUGCACACAUACCAAAGCGCGAGAUAACAGAUAAUUGCCCAUUUUGUAGUUUGUCAUGGACUGCGAUGAUAUCUCAGGAACAAGCCGACCACAUGCUUUCUCAUGGCGCUCGUCCAGAGAGACCACCGCGCAUGUUGUUUGAGAAGAUAUUCGCUCCAGAUUAUGUGGAUAGGUUGUUUGUCAAAAGGAAGGCGGGAUUAGAUGGUUUUGAAUUUCUGGAAGAAUGUCGGAGGAUGAAACGACGAAGGGUGGUGUUGCCAAAGGCCAGAAUGGCUAGGUGUUGA